UUAAUAACCUCCAAUAACUCUGCAGAUGAGCAUUUCAGUGUGUUUUAUAGAAAGUGCACUUACCCAAACAUUUCUGCAUUUUUACAGCUCCAGUUCAAUCAUUUAGAGUCAUUUUUAUUAUUAAUAUUCUUCCCUCGUCAGAAAUGUGUGGGUUUACUAUCCUUGUGGGGACAGUAUUUAUCUAUCCAUCUCUCCAUCUGUCCUACAGUGCUAAAUGUGCUAGCGAUACGUUUGUGUUGAUCUUUCUCUCUUUGUUCCUGCAGAUAAGGUGUUGGUGUGCUGCCUGCAGGGCGUCAGCCGCUCCGCCACACUUUUCCUGGCACAUUUGAUGAUACACCACAACAAAACACCAGAGGACUCCAUUGAUCUGGUGACACACAAGAGAUUUAUCAGGCCAAGCAGAGACUUCUUGAGGAAAUUAACAAUCCUCGCUGAGCAGCGACACUUAAUUGAAAGUGACGCAGCGAAGAACAGAAGCAACUCUGCUGCCGAUAAACCAGACCCUGAAGUGGAGUCAGUUGAUUCAGAGGAAAUGUAUGUUUGUGAGCCGUACGGUCUUAAACCAGUCACGAUAAUUUCACACAUACACGACCCUGAAGUCUACUUUAAACUGGAUAAGUGUGCUUUAAAGCCCUAUCCAGAACCGGUCCCAGGUCCGAGCGGUUAUAGACCCGAACCUAAGACAGUUGAUUCAGAGGAAAUGUAUGUUGUGCCGUACGGUCUUGAACCAGUCACGAAGAUUUAUCACAUACACGACCCUGAAGUCUACUCCAAACUGGACAAGUGUGCUUUAAAGCCUGAUCCAGAACCGGUCCCAGGUCCGAGUGGUUAUAGACCCGAACCUAAGGCAGAAGAUUCAGAGGAAAUGUAUGUUUGUGAGCCGUACGGUCUUAAACCAGUCACGAUGAUUUCACGCAUACAUGACCCUGAAGUCUACUCCAAACUGGACAAGUGUGCUUUAAAGCCCUAUCCAGAACCGGUCCCAGGUCCGAGCGGUUAUAGACCCGAACCUAAGGCCGUUGAUUCAGGGGAGCUGUGUGUCUCUGACUUGAGUGGUCCUCAACCACAACCUCAAAUGGAAGAGAAGAUUUCACUCUUGCAUUUGCAUUUCACCCAAAAUAUUUCCAACCUGGACAAGCAACAAAUGGAGAACAGGAAGAGAUGGGUCUCCAUCUGUAAAGUCUUCGACAACCUCUACGUUGGAAGCUGGAAAAGGGCAAUGGACAGAGUUGCACUGAAGAGGAGAGGAAUUACACACGUCCUGAACACUUUACCCAUUUUGGCAAAUCAACAUGCAUUGAGGAGGGAACAGGCCAAGCUGUACGAGACAAUGAACAUCUCCUACCACAAUGUGUUUUCAAGAGACGAUGACCCGUUUGACUUUAGCUGCCAUAUCUACCGAGUGGCAGAACUCAUGCACAAGAUUCUGAGCAACCCAGAGAAUCAGCUGCUGGUGCAGGAUCAACAGGGUUGCAGGCACGCCUGCUUUUUCGUGGUGCCAUAUCUGAUGAUAUACCAUGGAAAAACAUUGACGAAGGCCAUUAGCCAUAUGAUAAACCGUAAAAACAUCAGAAUGAGCAGGGACCUCCUGACGCAGCUAGUCGUCUUCGCUUGUCACCACAAUCAGCAGCAACAGCCGGGUUUGAUGCCGGAGUUUUCAUCUAUCGACAUAAACCACCCUCAGACCAUUUCCCAAAUGUACCUUCGUAUCGUCAAACCCUCCCAGUACUGGACUCCUGUCAGUGAAGUCUGGCCCAAUGUCUUCAUAGCUGACGAGAAAACAGCGAGGAACAAAGCCAAACUGAAAAAGAUGAACAUCACGCACAUUGUGAACGCUGUGCCGUUGUCCUUAAAGGAAGAGGAAUGGAAGGACUACUACCAGAAGAAGAACAUCACUUACUACAAUGUGCGUUCAGGACUCGGAGUCCAGGGCUGGCCAAACAUAGCACAGUUAUUUUCACCAGCAGCAGAAUUCCUACACAAGGCCCUGAGUGACACAAAGAAUAAGGUGUUGCUGUACUGCAGCGAGGGCUUAAACCAGUCCGUCGUGCUUUUUAUGGCAUAUCUGAUGAUCCACCAGCGCAUGAAGCUGGAAGAAGCAUUUGAGUUUGUGUUGGAGAGGAGACGCAUGUGGAUAAGCAGGGACUACUUGAACCAGCUGGUGAUGUUGAAUCUGGACCUCGCAAAGCUUCGCGAAUUGAACGAGUGUAGACCCUGCUGCACAGCCUGCUACGAAGCUAUCUUGCAGCUUAAUCUAACGUAACAUGCAGUAUGUAAAUAUGUAAAUAUGGUGUUGACAUGUCUGUUUGUCUUCUGUUCAUGAGCAUUGUGAGAAAAAUAAAGAAAGAUUUGCUUCAAUUGUGUUUCUGACCAGUUUUUCAGCUGACAAAGUUCAACCAGAAGAUUAUGGAGACUUAAUUACUGCAUAAUUACAAAUA